UUUCUUUAAUGAAUAUGUGUUUAUGUAAAGUAUUUUAGUUUUAGUUUGUGACUGAUGCAGUUGAAAGACACACCACCAACAUCUCCAUGUAGCAAUGAAACAAUGGAUUAUAAUGAACUGUUUGAAGAUGAAGUUGAGGAGGUUAUUGAUGGUGAAGCUGCAAGUAGCAAUAAUUACAUAGAAGCAAAUGAUGCAAGUGAUGAAGAUAUUGGCAUAGGCUUAGAAGGCAGUGAAAAUUCUGAAGGAAAUAACCCUGUGAGGGAUGAUUCAGCAUCUGUAUUUUCUCAUCAUAAAGGUUCUGUGUUUUGCUGCCAUUUACAGCCAAAGGCUGGCAGAUUGGCUGUGACUGGAGCAGAGGAUGAUAUGGCAUAUGUUUGGGAAACACAUUCAGGAGAAGUAGUGUUACAAUGCAAGGGCCACAAGGACUCUGUGACCUGUGUUAGAUUCAACUAUGAUGGGUCUUACGUUGCAACUGGAGACAUGAGUGGUGUCAUACAAGUAUGGAAAAUAGCUAACAAGUUACAAGUAUGGGAAACAUGUAUUGGCGACCUGACUUGGCUGAGGUGGCAUCACGGAGCAAAUGUCUUGCUAGCUGGAACUGAGUCGGGGGAGGUAUACGUGUGGAGAAUUCCAGGAGGAGAAUGCAAAGUGUUGCCUGGCCAUGGUGACAAAGCAGACUGUGGACUCAUGUUGCCUGAUGGCAAACGUAUGGCGAUAGGUUAUGCAGAUGGCUCACUUAAAAUAUUUGACACAAAGACUGCGACAGUAUUACACCACGUACCUCAAGGACAAGCUCACACUGGUACAAUUACUGACAUGGACUGCCAUCCUGAUAACAACUUGCUUAUCUCUAGUAGUGUGGAUGGACAUGCUGUUGUGCUCAAAACUCAAACUGGAAAGGUUAGUAGGCCUGUAUUAUUCUGA